AGAAUGAAAGGAACAACCCCAAAUGGAAUUAUGGAAGCCACCUGCGACAAGAAAAACCAAAACAAAAACCAGUUAAAAACAUCUGCAGAGGCCGGUUCUUCUCCUUCUCCUUCUUCUUCUUCCCCUUUCUCUGUCUGAUAAAAUCUGCUUCAGAUACAGAGAUCAGCCAGAGUAUCUUCUCUUCUCUGUUCCCUUGUUUUGUUCUUCCCUUCUGUCUCUUUUCACUAUUUCCAAUAUUCUAUGGCCUCUAUAUUUUGUUACUUUAUUUGCUAAACAAGUAAAAUACAACAGCUAAGAAAGAGAGCAAUAAACGAGAGACAAAGCAGGAGAAGAAGGGAUCAAAUCAAACUUGAUUGCUUUCAAUCUCUAUAUGGAGCAGCUUGUCAACUUUAUAAUACGUCCUCCUAGGGCUGAGUACAAUCCAAAACAUGACUUGUUGGAUCAGGAGUUUAUACUGAAAGGGAAAUGGUACCAAAGAAAGGAUUUGGAGAUUAAAAAUAGCCGGGGGGAUAUUCUUCAAUGCAGUCAUUACGUACCCAUCGUUACUCCCGAAGGAAAGCCACUGCCAUGCGUAAUAUACUGUCAUGGAAACAGUGGGUGCAGGGCUGAUGCAAGUGAAGCUGCUAUUAUACUGCUGCCUUCAAAUAUUACAGUUUUCACUCUUGAUUUCUCAGGAUCUGGAAUUUCUGGAGGAGAGCAUGUCACUCUGGGGUGGAAUGAAAAAGAUGACCUCAGGACUGUAGUUGAUUAUCUGCGGCAAGAUGGAAAUGUCUCUUUGAUUGGCUUAUGGGGCCGUUCAAUGGGUGCUGUCACCAGUCUAAUGUAUGGAGCUGAAGAUCCCUCAAUCGCAGGUAUGGUUCUUGACAGUCCCUUUUCUGAUUUGGUUGACCUGAUGAUGGAACUGGUGGAUACAUACAAAUUCCGUUUUCCCAAAUUCACUGUGAAGUUUGCAAUCCAAUAUAUGCGGAGAGCUAUCCAGAAGAAGGCAAAGUUUGACAUUAUGGAUCUGAAAACUAUCAAGGUGGCUAAGUCUUGCUUUGUUCCGGCUCUAUUUGGGCAUGCCAUUGAUGAUGAUUUUAUACAACCUCAUCAUUCAGAUCGUAUAUUUGAAGCUUAUGUGGGGGACAAGAAUAUUAUCAAGUUUGAAGGAGAUCACAAUUCUCCACGUCCUCAGUUCUACUUUGAUUCCAUAAAUAUAUUUUUCCACAAUGUUUUGCAUCCUCCAGAGGAUGAGGUGGGGGGAACAUAUUUUGACACAAUGCUUGAUAACUUUGGUAAGGGUGAUUGGAGCACUGUGCAUGAAGUAGGCAAUAACCUGGAAUUUUCAGUUGCUUCUAAAGUUGCAGAACCAUCAACAAGCAGUGGAGAAGAUGCCCAUGCCCUUGAACAAGUUCGUCCCAAAAGACCAAUGAGUCGGACAGAGGUUCCUUCCGAGAUUCCAUCUGAGGGCAAACAAUCUGAAGUUGAGGUUGGAGAAAUCAAUAACAAUCAUUUGCCAUCAUCAUCCAAAAUGAUAAGCUUUGAAUUAUCCAAUGGUCAUCCCUAUGGUCCACAUGUUCCAACAAUGAUGGAUGAUGAUCAAUAUGUGGAGUAUCAACUGGAUGACUUGGCUGGUUUUCCAUGCAAUGUAGAGGAGGAAGAAAGGAUGUUUAUGGAAGCAGUGAUUGCAUCACUAAAGGACUUGGAGAUGAGAUAUCCUAAUGCUGAACAAGAACAGGCUAGUGUCAACCCCACUUCCAUGGAAUCUUCACAAAAACAUUAUGUAGAUGCAUCUUCCAUUGCAGAACGUUCCUUGAAGACAGUAGAGCAACAUGAACCUUCAAAGAUAGAGCCUGCUUCCUCUCCAGCAACCAGUGUUGAAAAUUCAGCAACAGAACACCCAUCACCUGAUCCUAGUGUGUCAUCCAGCGGACCAGCAUUUGACACCCCACCAUCCAUGACAGAAUCUGGUAGCACAGGCACCUCUACUCGUAGUGAUACUUCAGGGAGUGUCCAGAACCCAACAGAUACUGACAUGUCAAGUAACACGAAAGCCACAUUGACAGUAGAACGGAACCCAGCAAGCCACAUUAUGGAUGGUUUGAUGCGCCGUUGGGAUUUCAGCUUGUUCCGAAAUCGAUGAAAAUUAAAACUUUUUUUUUUUUUUUGGUUUCAACAGUCUGAUGAUGAUUUGUUUUGUAAUUAAGAUAGUAGCAAUGAUUUAGUACUGUAAAAAUGCACAAAACGUAAGGAAGGAAAUUAGGUUCAUUGAAUGUGUUUAAAGUUGAUGGUGCUGGUUUUAUUUGAUACAAAAUCAUUUGUACUGUUCAUUUGUGAAAAGGUUUGUGGUUAUUCUUCUA